GCUCCUGUUUUGCUGCAGCGAGAGCCUAUCACCAGGCAACGGCCCCUCUUCCCAGCAUCAGCACCAGGCUUGUGCGCGCGCGCUCUGCCGCAUCUCCUGGUUGUCUGCACGUUUUGCGUGCCUUGUUAUCACGCAGGUUUCGGUUCGAAAAAAAAACAAAACUUUCCUGACGCGAAAGCAGCAAAGGAGGAAGGCCGAUUUACUGAAGAGCAUCGUGUCCCACAUUCUAAAACGAGCUGUGUCACGUGCGCGUGGAGGUAAACGUCUCUGUAUCCGUGAGCUGGACGGGAUGCCCGCGUGACUGCAGGGAGGAAAGGGGCGGAGGAGAAGAGGGGAGGAGGUGGAGGUGUCCGUGGACCGCCGCAAACGCUCCGAGGAGGACUUUUCAAAAGCAAGAACUCCAUUUGUUAUUUUUGGGAGAAGACGUUUUGGCUUUUUAUGGGAUGUCAGAUCGCCGCGCUCUUCCUCCUCACGCCGCCUCGUCUCCUCCGCGUCAGGACGAGGACCUAACAUAAGGUCGGGGGCACGCACAUGCUCGGACGCUGUUUCUCCUGGCCGGACGCCCGGGACUGCACUCCGUCAGCUGGGAGGGAAAUCGAGGGCCGAUCAGCUGCUGGAGGACCUGCGGCCUGCUUCCAUCUCCGGUUGCUGCAGUGCCACAUGGGCCAGGAGGGGGAGAGACGGAGGAGAGAAGAUGGAGAGGUGGAGGCUAUGAAAACAAAUCCCCCUGACUGUAAGUUUCUAGAGCCUAAGAUCCUAGUGGAGCGUUUGGGUUUGGAAGGAGUGAAAGGCACAAACUGUCCUCUAUGAGCAGAACUGAUGGGCUAAAAGAAGCUCUUCUGAUCACAGAAACACCAUAAGUUGAGCUGAUGGACCUUUUAGCUGUUUUUGCUGACAAAGUUCUUGCCUGGACUGUGGAGCUCGCCAUGGGACACUGCGCAGGAGCGACUGUACCUGCCAGCAGCCGGUUUGGUGCAUAAUUCUGACAGACUGGAGCUCUGAUGCCAGCAUUUAUUCCUCUCCCUCCUCUGCUCUGCUGAGCUGCUACCCACACAACCUGCUUUAUGAGCUCAAAGGAAGCCUGAAACCCCUCCCGGCGUCCCCCCCACCACCACACAUCCAUAAUCCCAGGAAUAUAAAACAAACAUGCCUUCACCUUCAGACUCCAGCAGUGUGGCUUCAGCCACUGGAUCUCGCGGCUGGUCCGACAGCCGCAGAGGCAUGUCCGGCCGGGGGCCCGGAGGCGCCCGGCUGCUCCUGUAUUUAGGCUUGUGCCAUCUUGGACUGGGAGCCAUGGUUCUGGCCUUUUCCUUUACCAGCAUGGCCUUCACCCUCUCUGCCCGCGUGAGGCAAUCCUGUCCAUUCUGGGCUGGCUUCUUUGUGGUGGCGUCCGGGAUAGUUGGAAUCAUCUCAUGGAGGAGACCUCUGACACUAGUGGUGUCGCUGUUCAUGCUGCUCUCUGCAGUGUGUGUGAUCCUCAGCCUGGCCGGCUCAAUGCUGUCCUGCCAGAACGCACAGAUGGUCAAGUCAAUGCUCACCUGCAAGGUGGAGAGUGGGAGGUGUUUGUGUUGUGCACCCAAUCAGUCUUGCUCCAUCGAUGGGGAUGACACCCUUGUCCUGAACCUGAAUGUCGAUUGCCACUCAGUCAGGCACCAGCUUAAAGACCUUUUGUUCAGUGCGUGCGGACUCAGCAUUCUGUCCACCAUCAUUUGUACACUGUCGACCGUGACGUGCAGCAUCCACAUAUUCUCUCUGGACCUCGUGCACCUGCUGGCGCCGCAUCGCUCCCGCUCCGUCAAUCCGGAGUGCACCACCCCUCAGGAUGCCUUCCUGACUAACAUCAUGGACUUUGAGGAGUUUGUUCCACCCAUCCCUCCACCACCUUACUACCCUCCCGAGUACACCUGCAGCUCAGAGACAGACGCUCAAAGCAUUACAUAUAAUGGCUCUAUGGAGAGUCCUGUCCCCUUGUACCCUACCGACUGCCCCCCUCCUUAUGAAGCUGUGAUGGGACAGAGAAUUGCCAGCCAGGCAACUGUGUUCGAUCCUGUCGGCACUGAGCUGUCUGGAGAGAGGGGAACUUCCACGGCCUUCAGUGGCGAAGUGUCCAUGGACAGUGGGUCUCUGUUGAUGUCUGAAAUCGUGGACAUCCCUGAUGAUUCCUCUCCUUCCGAGGACUCUUGUCUCAUGGAGGUCGGGUUAAGGAACCACGGGGAGAGACGGAACAGGGCUCCCAGUGAGGGCGGAGAUGCAGGGGAGAGCAUUAAUCUCCGUGGUCAGAGGUGUCAAACACCCGAGAGUCCUUUGGCGGGAGGGCCGAGAGCCAAACGAGUUCUCAGAGGAGAGAGGUCCAACUCCUGUUCCUCUCCGAGCACCGCCACCAGCACCACUUAUAGGUCUCCAGUGCUUCUUCGCCAAGCUGUGCUAGCCCGCAGCUGUUCCCAGCUAGAAGCCAUAGGUGGCUCCACGAAUCAACAACCAUUCUCCAUCCCCGAGAUUCGCUUCCACCCUUCCUUUGCCUCGAGCCGUGGAGCUGCAGCGGGCUCCUCUCCCGUCCCUCCUCCAUCCUCCUCAGCUGCCGGUGAACACGAUCACGGGCACCUCCUUCCUCUCCAGCCCCUCUCCCAACGGCAAAGAAGAAGCGAAAAGGGCGGAGAGGCUGCGAGGAGACACAGCGAAGGCUUUUUACGCCUCGUGAGGUCACACAGUGAACCAGGUCUCAGCUCCUCCACAGACACGGUGGACUUUGGCUCUGGAGGGAGUAAAGCAUCAAUGGACACAGGUCCGUCGUCAGAGGCGUGCCUGCUGCCUCAGACAUCCCUGCCUCCUGCUGCUGUGCUGUCCACGAAAAGCAGCAUAAAACCAGCAACCACUGGGGGACAGGUGCCCCCCAAGCCUGGAGCCACCUCGCCACUCCGAUUACCCAAAGACUGUCACCGUUCUCUUGCUGAUCUGAAGGUAACUCGAGUUCUGGUGGCUCGCUUCCUGCAUCGCUCAAAGCGUAAUCUGGCGCCCUCCUCCGAGCCUGCUGGGAGCACAGCCCAGGCGACCAAAAGGAAGAGUGGAACUGAGUCCGCGGCUACCAACCACAUGGCCUUGGAGCAGAUGUUGCGGAACACCUGGGGCUCCAGCCGAGGACACCCCGCCCAUCACUCCCAUCGUCCUCAUCACCGUGGACACCAUCAUUCCCAUAGUGACAGUCGCCACAAUCGACACCAGAGCAGCCGAGGACCUGAGGGCAUCCACCUGCGCAGCUGUGGAGACUUAAGCUCCUCCUCCUCUCUGCGUCGACUCGUCCCUCAUCAUCCCCCGCACGGGUCAUCAGGGAAUCUUUAUUCCGAGUCUGCUCUGUAAGGAAAGAAACAAAGAUGAGGAGAAGAUGAAUAACUGAGAUUGCAAAAGAAGUCUUCCCUCCUUAUGUCCUGUCAUGUCUGGAUCCUGAAGCCAACUGUGCAGACGGCCUUAUCCGUGGUGCUUCUGAACCAUCUGAACAUCACUCAAAAGUUCGCUCAUUUAUGCACCGUAUGCUUUUACCUCAUAAGCUCUCUCACCAAAAGAAAAGUCUCGACUGAUGAAAACACUCCAUCUCUGCUUUCGACCUCUAUCAGUUCAUCUAGAAGCUGGAAACUCGUCUCUAUUUACUUCUUCAUUUAGUCCACCAGAAUGAUUUUACUGUCCUGCAUUUACAUGGUCACCCUUGGACAAAAGCUCAUGGACAAUGUUAUUCAAACCAAGUGAUUGUCUUCCAUCCUCAAGAAAAAUGCAUAAGAUGAAGCAGAACUCUUUGUAUUGUCUCUUCUGACGCUGCUCCACAGAGCAGCUAGCAUUGCUAACACACAGUUGCACACCAAAUAUAGGUCCAGCCUUGGAAAUGUGUGUUUUGGUUUGGGGCCGCAGUGGUUUCCUUUGAACAUGUGCAUGUUUUGCUGCAGCAGGGACUCUGUUCAUUCGAGUCUGCUAGUCUGUCCAACCGACAAGUGCUCAGAACGUCUUGACCUGCAUGUUUGCUUCUUUUCGUUUUUCUUGCACAAAUGACUUAAGAUAGUAGCCACGUGAUAGGUAACUAAUAGCUAACAACCAAGGUUGGAGAUAGUUUUCUGCCUGGUGGCUCCAAGAAUAAAUCUGUAUCUGAACCUGUACAGCAGCAAUCUUAUGGUAAAACAGUCUGGUACUUGUACAAUAAGAGGUGCACUGUAAAGUUAAAUGUAAAGUUAAGCUAAUGACGACGUCAGGUUUUACACUGCGUGUUGGCACAUGUGCACAUGUCCUUUUGGGUAGGUUUAAAAUGGAAUAAAAACUUCAAGAUGCACUGGUGAUGGCACCAUUUGACAUCAAGUGGUUGCUGUGGACUUUAAAAUGUAAAACAUGAUUUGUCUUUUUUUUAAACACAUUUACACUUAGCCUGUAAGCACUGGCUGGUCAGACACUCAUCCUUAAAGGCACUGAGCUAUGUUUUCUACCUCCUGUCUUGACUUACGUUAUUUAUUUGGCUUAUUCCAAUUUAUCCAUGACCAGAGUAAGAAAUGUUCUCAAAGAAUAAUCUGUUAAUAUAACAAUUUUCAGUGCAAGAUAUGUAUUUCAAAAUGUGAAAUAAAUAAUAAAAAAACAUCCCUCAAUA